AUGCCACUGACUGCGUCAUGUGAUGGUGUUUAUUUUACAAAUCCGCCCAAAGAUAAUUUAAUCACAUUGACGUGGGAAAAUGAUGCAACGACUCCCUUUAUACCUUAUUCAUUCGUCAUUUUCAAGGUAAAAUGCACGACACCGCACAUGUUUCAUAUUCAUCCAUGUUUUGGGGCCAUUCUUUUGUCUGAAUCGUCUGACACCAGCUCUACUAACACUUUGAACAACGGAAUCAGUAAACAACAGGGAGUUAACAUAGUGAUUGGUCUUCAAGAUAGUUAUUUACCUCAUGGGCAUAACGUAUAUGGUGAUGAAGCUGUCUCACGGCAGACAGCCUCCCUUUCAAGCACCAAAAAGAGAUUACAAGAGCAUUUUGUUAUAGAGUCUCUGAUAGUAACUCAGGAUAUGAUGGCAUUUCAGCAAUCCGUUGACUCCUUGCAUGAUACUAUCAGGCUUUCACAUACUGUGAAACGAUUAUGGUCUUUGAUUUCGUCCAAUGAAAUCCCUCGUUCACAUACCAGGCCGUGCAACGCGAUAAAUUUGAAAGUGUACAUGAAAAAUGUUGUCAUGCAUGAUGCUGGCUUUAUAAAGCCCGGCGGUGAUGUUACGAAGGCGGUAGUGGUACCUAAAUCAGCUGUUCUGAUUCCACCUUCACUAACAUGGCAGGCGAAGAGUCAAACUUCACCGUCUUCAUCAAAUAAUUAUUCUACCGUUUUGGUAAAUCACUCAGAGGGUAUGCAAGGGGCAAAUAUAUCCUCACACACACCCAUGAAAGAUGAGCUUCGGGCGCUCAAGAAUGAAAUAGCCCUUCUUCGCAAAAUUAAGGCGCACGAUGCUUCCUUGAGCACUAGUAAUGUCAAGAGGGGCAGUUCUACUGAUGGGAAAAACACUUCAGCACCGAAUGGAUUCGGUAACCUCAAUUCAUCUUCGACUGAGGCUUUUCCUCAGUUUAGCAAUAUCAUCGGUAGUAAAGGCAAAAUACAUAGCGACAAAGAAAACAUCAACACCCUGACGUCAACAUCCCUCCCGGUUGAUGACGAGCAAAAUGGAACGACCGGACACCGUGGCUUGAAGCUUUAUAUUCUUUUAGGGGUGAUGUUUUUUGUCUAUUUUUUAGGUCUGUUCAUGCAACGCAGUCGAGUUGGGAUCUAA